GUGGAGAAUAUCAGAUAACAAAAACUCAAUUUCCACCACAGAAUGCAUCUGGAUUAGAUUUGUUAUUGAUUACAGUUGAUGCAUCAUGGGAAGAGCUGCCCCCAGAUCAGUUUGCACCUCAUAGUUUUACUGUUUGUAACUUUAAAAGAGAAAUCCCUAUGACUUUCACCAACUAUUACUAAAAUGGCUACAAACCAAAACACAGUGUGUGUAUUGAUCUGGACUGGACGUGGACAGAGUGUGAAAUUACUUUGAAAACUGCUUGGGGAAAAUCCAACUUCAAAUCCAUUACAUGGACGAAGCAGCAAUGUUUAAUAAAAAAUAAAGGUGUUAAGAUUCAACCAACUAAGGUCACUGUAAUCAAUCCUCAAGGAGAGAGAAUCCAAAUGUGUAAAAAUUCAAGAGACUUCUUGUUGGGUUCAUUGUGUCCCUACCGACAUGAAACAUAAAAGACAAGAAAAAGAGUAAAAAUGUAUUUCUGUCUUUUCUGACAGAUUGAACUUUUUUAUGUAACACUGAUUAUCCAACCUGGGUUCAUUACUAGUCAUGUAGGAGAGCAGAAGAUUGAGCUGCGCAAUAACAGGUGUCACAGAUGGACAAUUCACAGAUAUUCCAGUUUUAUUAAUAUUUCUCACGAUGUUCACCUUAAUCCAAACUAUUGAUUUGAAACUCUUCUCAAAUCCAAUUUUUUAUACACAUUUUUGUAGCUAGUCAAUUUUAUUAAAAUUGACCACCCCGCAAUUUAGCGGGGUGGUAGUGUGAGUGACAUAGAGAAUCACAAUGGCUGACAUAGAAUUCAAUUUAAAUUACUAAUAUGCCUUGAAGAUACCUUUACCCAAACGCACGUCGACAGACAGGAGGUGAUUGAAGAGUGGUUAAUUCUAUUAAUAAAGAAGCCAUCUGAGUACAGGGCGGUUUCUCAGCUGCAGUGCAGUGGCAGGAUUUUGUCCUGAUCAAGAAUUUAGCCUGUGACCCGACAAACCAGGGUCACAUCAAUCACUCAAAUCGCAAAGAAAAACAACAAAAGUCAAUACAUCGAUGAAUAAUUGAUUUUUAUCCAUCCCUGCCCAUUCAUGAAAACCUGCAGUAACUGUGACCAUUUUAAGAGGGGGCCCUCUAGUGACUGUGUUUUCAACUGCACAUUUGAGACACUUUUUAAAAAGAAUUUUACUCCUUAAUUCGUGGCAAAUGGUGUCAAUAAUUCCAAUGGUCAAUAUACAGGGUUCAUUCGACCUAAUCAUGUGUCAACUCCAUACAGUUACACCUUGGUUACACGUAUAUUCUGAUACAGUCUACACAAAAAUUAUUAAUGUAAACUAUAGAUAGGGACAAAUCAGGUUCUUGCAAUACUUCUCUGAGCAGUGUUACCAGUUCCCGUGCUGCAAAACUGCCUCUUGUUGGGUGCCACUCAAUGAUUAUUAUUAUUUACUAAAUACUGUUUACCAUUUUACCUGGUAAUUAAGAAACACGGCCAAAUAUGAAAUUACACUCCGCGCCAAACGAUGGCGGUAAAACAAAGCGACAACAAAGCAGAGGGCAAAGAAGAAGGAUGAGUUGAAGCUUUUGAACUUCAUUUCCCAUAAUUACCAUUUCCGUAGCCGAUUGGUUUGAAUACAGAGAAGUAAAAGUAACCUGAACAUGCCACAUUUCGCUGAUUAGCUGGUAAAACUAGCUGCUGUGGCAGAGUUUUGGAGUAAGAUAAAGCCGGAAAUGAAAGGUGUAUGUCCCAGUCAUCACUAGUAGCCAUGGAGAGUGUAGGAGCACAAAGGGCGACUGCGACCUGGGAGAAUGGCUCUCUGGCUCCUCUGGAUCACCUUCGAUCUGAAAGGGCAGACAGUCCAACUCCAGGUCUGGUGGAAGGAACUGAACCUGGUGCCGGUCAGCAGAGUGCCAUGUUCGUCCAUUCUCAGUCAUUUGAGGAUCUAACUGCUGAUGCUGAAGAUAAAACUGAAAGCAAGAAUUCAGAGGAAGAAUGUGAAGGAAAGCUUGAUGAGCUGGUGGAGGAGGAGGCCAUAGAAGAGCAGUGCAACAACAUGUCAUUGGAGAGCAGGUCCAGGGAAGAGGAUGUGUCCAGUGAGGCUUGGAGAAGUCACAAAAAGCAUGUGUUUGUGCUGAGUGAGGCUGGAAAGCCCAUCUACACUCGCUACGGCACGGAGGAGGCCCUGUCCAGCACCAUGGGGGUGAUGAUGGCCCUGGUAUCGUUUGUAGAAGCUAAGAAGAACAUCAUUCGCUCUAUUCAUGCAGAUGGUUGCAAAGUGGUUUUCCUGACCCGGAGUCCUCUUGUCCUGGUGGGCGUGUCUCGAACUUGGCAGUCCGAUAAAGAGCUGCUGCGUGAGCUCCAGUACAUCUAUUACCAGAUCGUCAGCCUUCUCACACUCACUCAGCUCAACCACAUCUUCCAGCACAAGCAGAACUACGACCUACGGCGCCUACUUGCUGGCUCAGAGUAUCUUACCGACAACCUGCUGCACCGACUGGACCGAGACCCUGGAUUGUUGCUCAGCGCCGUCACAUGUCUGCCUCUGCCCAGCUCAGCCAGAGACGUGGUGUCUUCCAGCCUGCAGGCUGCCAAAUCAAAAAACUUGGUGUUCUCUAUCCUUUUGGCAGGUGAUCGUCUGGUUACCCUGGUGAGAAAAAAGGAUCAGUUUUUGCACCACAUAGACUUGCACCUUGUUUUUAACCUCGUUGGCUCCUCCUCAUCCUUCCGAGAGGGUGAAGGAUGGACGCCAAUCUGCCUGCCAAAGUUUAACACUGCAGGAUUUUUCCAUGCUCACAUUUCAUACCUGGAGCCAACCUCCGAGCUCUGCCUCAUCCUCAUCUCAACAGACAGAGAGGACUUUUUUAACAUGUCUGACUGCAAGCAGCGGAUUCUGGAGAGACUGAGUAAGCGCAGUGCCUAUCAGACCAUGAAGGAGGCGCUACAAUGUCCCAGUUACUCUGUGGUACAGGUUGGCAUCCCUGAGCUACGGCACUUCCUGUACAAAUCAAAGAGCUCAGGUCUCUACACCAGUCCUCAGUUUCCUGAGGUGUACCAGUCUGACCAAGAACAGGAAAGACUGAUGGGUUUGUACCAGGACCUUCACAGCUUUCUGCACCAUCCAUCCAGGCCACUUCGUUCCUUCUACCGCUGUGGUGAAACUGAGAAUUUGCUAGCACAGGUGACAAGUGGCUUUGAGCUUUACCUCUGCUUCAGUCCUCUGGGGACCAAGGCACUGGCUGACUCUGCUGUCAUCAAACUACUGAAGUGGAUCAGGAAGGAAGAGGAUCGACUCUUCAUCCUGAAUCCUCUCACGUACUGAUCUGCUGCCAUCCACUAACUAGUUAUACUAGUUGGUAUUAAUCUUAACUCAACAAGCUAAAACAAUGAUCAGAAUGGAGUGUAUUUUUAACAAAAACUGGAAGUUGUGCCAUGAUCAUUAUUAUGAUUUAAUAGAACAUAAGUCUCAAACAUUACUGUUUUUUUUUUCACAUGAUGACAAUUACUGUACGAACCUGCAAAGUCUCUGUACAUUUUAAUACCCUUGUUCCUGAGCAGUGACAACAAGGUAUUCCUUUGUCUAUUCUUCCUUUAACACUAUGCACUUUCUAAAUGCCAGAAGCACUCAGAAGAUAUUUUAACCUGUAAUUUGUUUUCUCAUGUCAUGUUUUGGUGAUUAUUUCUCCAUGUUUUAAGAAGAAGGGCUCUCACUCUGUUAAAUAAGAUGAUCAGCUCAUUUUCACUUGCCAAUUUUCAGAUGCUUAAAAUAUGUAAAUUUGUGGUGUCAUAUGUCUCCCUAAAACAGAACUUUUGUGUCAAUAUCAGUCAUGAGCACAUUGUAGAACGUUUCAUCCCAAGAUGUGCUACAGUUCAAAUAUGUUUUAUUUUUGCCAAUCCAGGGGGACUAGGAUGAUUGUAAGGCUUUCUUGCCAAAUGCAAAAAGAGAUGUUUCACAUUUGCAGCUUAUGCAGUCACACAUGGCAAGCAGCACAAUUCUUCCACUAUGAACAGAACUUCAGACAUCAAGGGGCAGAUAAAAUGCUACAUUUGAUUUACCUCUAAAGUUAGCAGGGAGUCCUGAAAUUUUGUCAUAUCUGUCCCAUACAACUGUACAGUGUCCUGUACAAUCCAUGGUCUUUCCAUAUUGACCUACAAAAAAAAAAAAAAAAAACAUUACUGGAUUUGUUUCAUGGGACUUGGGCCAACUACCAAACAAGUACAUUCCAAUGCAUCAUUUAUGACUAAUUAAAAAGAAACAAAUAGCGAGACCUUCAAGAUGUCCAGAGUUGAGUUUUUGUGAAAAUGUAUAUAACUAGUAAGACCAACAGCAAAACAACAUACAAGCUUCUGCUGAAAUAGUUUGUUGAAGUAAGUGAGCAGUAUGUGGCAUUAAAUGUCAGUGAGCAGCACCAUUCAACUAAGGGCAUAUUUUGGAGUUUAGAAGUACUUAAAAAAUGAUUUUUUAAAUUUGUUAUUGACAGUUUUCUCUCCAUACUUAUUAACAGUCAAACAACAAUUGUCUUAUUUUCCAGUGAACUAUAUUUCAAGCCUAAAUCUUAAUUUUUACUUGUUUCUAUAGUCAAAACUUUUUCUCUGAAUUAAGUCCUAACUAUAGCACUGCAGGAAUCUUGGAAGUUCACUGCUGCUGCAACAGUUGUGCCUGAAUGCCUUUAAAAACAUCAUACAAUAAACAUAUUCAUCUUUGUCAAGAACAUUAAACACAACAAAUGUUAUUUGUUUGAUUAAAUAGACUGGGGAUUA